AUGUUCCACGCCAUAAUAUUAUUCUUCUAUGGCAUCAUUCGAAAGGUGUUCCGCAUAUCGGUAGCAUUCUAUACAGCAUUAAAUAGAUGGAUGGCCUUCCUUGCGCAAUUGACUAUGAUGUUCUUCAUAUGGAACUCGUUACUACUCGUAAUUGGACUUGUAUCAACAGUUCAAAUGAUCAUCGGAUUCGGCUUUGAAGUGAUUAGACUAACUUCACCAAAGUCCGUCAGUGCUAUACCCUCCUCUCCCCAAGCCACUUCUACUGCGGCACCAAGUCCUAAGCCUCGAAGUGCUAUCACCGAAUACUGGCAAUCACGCCGCAAAGCUUAUCAAGAAAUGGUGGAUGGAUUAUAUGUGAAAUACAUGAAUAGAUUGCUGGGUGUGCAACAGCAGCAGGCACUGUAUUUCCAGAACCAGCAGUAUUUCCAGAAUCCUAAUCCGUUUUAUCCCUCAGGGGGAUACUACGAUGAUAGAUGGUACGGACAGGUGAAUGUAGGGACACCUGAGGCGUUGAUCGAUGAUGAACUAACCGUGCCGACGCAAGAUGAAUUGGAGGCUAUGACUGGUACUAGUGGAACUAGCGGACCGUUGGCUAUUGGCGGCGUAAGUGGGACGCAACUACCAGGAAGUGAGGAGAUUAUGGUUGGUGGAGAGUAA